CAUUGAUUCAGAGAGAAAAACAUCAUUGCUGAGUGACUCGUAUCGUUCAUCUACUCUUACAUUCUGAGAUUUUUUAUACAGAAAUGAUCAAAAGGGAUGACAAUGAUAAUCCUCCUUUCAAUUUUUGGACCCCUUUUAGCGGGAUGUGUUAUCUUGGCGAUAGUGAUGUAUUCUUCCUUUAUGGCUAACCCAGAUUCCCGAAAGGAUGUAAAGAAGUUGGAACCUAAGACAUUCCUGAAAGUCAUUGCAAGAUCAAAGGUGUUCCCAGUGCUCAGCAACAAUGGCUGGAGGUUGUUUGGCUACUCUCACAAUACCAGAGUAUGGACACAGAGUUUCCUGGGGGAUGGCGAGGAGGAUCGGAUCCUUGUAUACACUACCUACUGUAAGAUGCCUGCCUCGUCACAGGUUGUAUACCAGACUAUCCGUGAUAUUGGUAAACUGAAGGAUUGGAAGCCUGGUGUGGUCACUUGUAGUUUGGUCAAGUCCAACAAGGGAAGUAAAUCUGGUCCAACCAACCAGUCCCCUUAUAAGAUGGAGAAGGGCAUGGGGCAGGAUGUUAUACAGGAGGUGGUCAUUAAUCCAAAAUCCCAGGAUUACACAGAGGAGGUGGUGCCACAGCAGUAUACAAGACACUGGAACAGGGAGGACAAUGGCUGUUGUUGGAUGCUGCAGACCUCUCAGGAUAAAUUCCAGGCCAUGUUCUUCCUUGUACAGCCAGUUGAAGAUAUGGACAGCUGUUUGGUCACCAUUUUAGUUCACAAUGUAUUGUUCUCCAGUGUCGGUGCUACCCAAGUGGCUUGUCUGUUGGGAUCACUUCGGGACUACCUUAGUCUACGCAAAGUGAAAUGUACUCCACUUACCAGUAUUCGAAUGCCAAACUUUAGCAACAACAGUCAAACAAACAACUUUGCAGAUUCAUCGAGUGAAGAGGAACGGGACAAACAAUUCUAUGAUCGAUUCUCAUCUCUCAAUGACAAACAAAAAUCUUUAGUUUUACAAAAAUCUGAAUCCAUACUGAGACUGCGAACUAAUUCUCAGGGCAAAAUGUCAGGACUUCAGCAGCGGCGUUCACAGUCAGACACAGACAUCAUAGGAAUAGUGAUGGGGGAUACAGAUUCACGGUCUCACCCACUCAUACAACCUGCUGACAAUGCUCAGCACUCCACAAACUUGUUACAUUCCAACAGGGAAUUAGGAGAAAGCUUACCUUCACAGAAAUUGUCACCCAUUGACAAUGGGCAUUCUCAGAUAGACACUGGAGACCAGCGUAGUAGAUAUAGUGAUAUAGUGGAGCAGAGCAGUGAGAAGACUGGUUAUGAGAAUGGCAGUAUCAAUGGUCAUCAUGGGGAGGAUGAACAGCUGCUAGCCAGGGAGGAUACAGACACCGGCAGUGUUGUGUCAUCUAUAGAGUCGGAGACACCACAGGAUGAUGUGUUUGACCUAUCCGAUACACAGCCCACAACUCCAGCAGAUGUUGUCAAGUUCAUGACACUAGCGAAUCAGUCUGCUGCAGACAUAUUGGCAUUGGCACUGCGUGUGUCAAACAUAGAGCUGAGGAAAACACAGAGUCAGCAGACAGAUAGCUCAGGGGGAUGGGCGUUUUGGGGACUAGAGAUGGAUGUAGUGAUAUUCAAAAAGGUUCUAAACCGUUCUAAUUCCCUGUUUAGUUUUGUGGGUAAAGGUCUGAUCAGUGCCUCGCCACAGAGAGUGUUUGAAGCAAUCAAGAAUCCUAGGACACGGUUCACCUAUGAUGAAAGUUUGAAGAAAGUUGAUGUUUUAAGCAGUAUCACAGAUAAAGCCAAAAUUGUUUAUUUUUACCACGAGCUUGUCUACAUGUUUAAGAAAGAGUGUUUUGAUUUCUGUGUCCUCCAAAAUGAGCGGAUGGAUGGGGAGAAAUAUGUAAUAGCCAUGCAGUCUGUAGACAAUGGCCUACCAGUACCCAGUGGUACAGAGCGAGUGCAAAUGCUGCCUAGUGGUUGGAUCAUAGAACCUGUUACUAGAGACAACAAAAUGUACUCCAUGGCAACUUAUGUGAUGCAGAUGGACUUUAAUGGGUCACGAAUGAUGGCAGAGAAACAGCCAAUUGAGGAGAUGGUAUCCAAACAGCCACUCAGCAUAGAGUACCUUCGUCAGUACCUACGUCCGGCCAUCAUGUUAGCUCGACAAGCGUCAUCUGGAGGCUCCCUCAGGAAGUGAAGGGCACGCAUUGACUCUUCUAGUUAAGAACCAUUUGAUGGAAUAGACGGAAGAAGAUUUGUACACAUGCCCUGUACAUGCACAGUAAAGGAAGAUUUGGGACCGAAUCAACCCUAAAUCCAUGUCUCUAGAUUGGUCUAAGGAUGGAUGUUAAUGUGUUUACAUUGUGUGUAGAUUACUUAACAGUAAUACACUAGACACUAACUUUUGUAUAAAAGCAUCUCCACAUGUUGGUCAGUAAACUAGAGAAGAUAACACAGAUUUGUGUUUUAUAGACAUAUUACAACAAUAAGAAUGGAAACUGGCUUUUUUCCUAUGCGUGGAAAUAAGACCAUGGUUACAAAUCAGCAUGCUAUAAUUUACCGUAGAAAACCAUACAUAUAGCUACAUAUUGGAGAGAGGACAUUCCAUUGUCAACAAACUUAUGAUGCUUGCCUAAUACCCAAUAAAAUUAAUGAUGCACUGAUUAUGUUACAUGUAUUGUACACAUAUAAUUAAGUAGGCAUAUUCUCUCAUACUUGUAUUCUCUGUAGAUUUAUAUCUUUCGUAUCAUUACCUAUAUCAAAGGAAACGAUAACUUGAAAAAUAUGAUUGACCAUGCUAGUCUUAUAAAUCUUAAAAUGUUGAUCUCCAAUUAUUCCAUUGUAUUGACAAACCUUGAUCAAAUUAAAUCAAUAUUGAUAUAUUUAGGAAUAUUAAUAUAUUUAGGAACAUUGUCUAUAUUACUCAAAUUUACAAGUGGUAUAAAUAAGAACAUCAAAAGAGCUUUCUUUAAGAAUAUAUUUAUUUUGUAUUCUGAAAUAGUCUGUCUUUUAAUAAAUGAUUAGAUUGUUUCCAUUCCAGGAAACAUCUAGAA